AUGUUGUUGUCAAUGGGAAAGAUUGAUGAAGAUGUGAGCAGAGAAAGUUUAGAGAAAUCUUCGAACACUUUCGGUGAGUUCUCUCUUGAAUGGUUUGAUGAAGACGAUAAUGUAUUGUGUAGAGGAAUAAUGGUUAGAAAUGAAUACUGUGGGAUUGAGAUUAUGAAGCCAAGUUGCAGUGAGGUUUGCAGAGCAAUGGAGUAUGAAGGCUUAGCAGAAACUGUGGUUGAAUGUGUUGCUGAUAAAAUUGUGUUGAAUGGUUGUUUGUAA